AUGGAUAUAUUUAAAAAAAAUAAUAAUGAAAAUAAACAAAUAUGGAAUUAUUAUCAUAUUAUUCAAACAGGUGCUUAUCUAUUAAUGGCUUUAUUAAUAAUGCGUUUAAAAUUAUUUCUUGUUCCACAAUUGUGUCUUUUGAUAAGCGAAUAUUCUAAUUAUCCAAUGGAAAAAAUGAUUGAAUGGAUUAAUUUAAAUACUCGAAAUGAAUCAAUAUUAAAACAAUAUCAUGUUGAUUAUUAUAUUUAUGAAUCUCAUUGGUGUACAAUAACAAAUCGUCCAAAAGGAUGUUCAUUUCCUGAAAUGUAUGAUAUUGAUGAACAAGAUCAAAGAAUCUUAAUACGUACAACUCUUGCAUGUCAAACUCUUCAAUCUCAUCCUCAACCAUAUUUUAAAAAACUUUUUACUUAUGAUUAUCUAAGUAUUUAUCAAGUUUUAUGA